AUGUGUGAAGUUGGGAGAAGCACAGCAGACUUUACUUCCAAUGUCUUCUGGAAUAGACCUCUCCGACCUUGGGAAAUCAAAGAAGCUGAGGAUUUGAAAGAAGUAAUAGACAGAGUUGAUCUAAAGCCAGGAAAAGAUGUGUUGAUUUGGACGCACAGCAAUAAAGAAUAUUCGGUUAAGGUUGCUUCCCAGUGUAAUUUUGGAACACAAUCAGUAAGCUGGGAUUUCAUUUGGAAAUUGAAAGUGCCUCACAAGAUAAAAAUUUUCCUUUGGAAGCUGCAAUUAAGCAUUCUCCCUACUAAGGUCCUAUUAUCUACCAGGAAUAUUAUCCCAGACGAUGGCUCAUGGUGCCCAUUAUGCUCAACAGAUAAAGAGAAUAUUCCUCACCUGUUCUGGGAGUGUAGUUAUGCAAAAAUGGUAUGGUCACAAAUGUUCAGUUGGUGGCAAAUUAACCCGAUUCCUCAAGAAGAGAUGUCAGUGAUGAGUAUAUGGAGUCAAGUCAGGCAAUUUUCAAUUAAGAAAGCUAAAGUAGCUUGGAGGGUCAGUGUAAGUGCUACUUUCUGGAGCAUUUGGUUGGCAAGGAAUCAAAAAAUAUUCAGGCAUGCAGAUAUUCCAGUCCUUUCCCUUGUGGUUUAUAUAAAGCAUCUUAUUAAGGAGUGGUGCCUUGCUUUUAGUCUGAUUCAUGGCAGCUCAGUUUCUUGGUGGAAUGCUAAUCCUAUGGGGGUGCUUACUAGUUCAGGGAAAUUUCAACUUCAGGAACUGUUGUCUGCUUCUGAGGACCUAGUGGGUUUUACGGAUGGGACUUUCAAAGAUAAAGGAGGCAAACAUUUGGUGGGAAUUGGAGGUACCAUUGCGAACAAAGCUGGUGAGACUAUAUUCUCUUUCUCAGGUCCUUCUACUGCUAAUAGUCCGUUUGAAGCGGAAUGGCAAGCUUUAGAAUUUCUUUUAAUCUCGUUUAUAAAUUCAGUCUGGAAUGAUCACCAUAUAGUAGUCUUCUCCGAUAAUUUUAAAGUUAUUCAGAAAGCUCUGGAGAUACUCACUGGAAAUUGCAAGUUGGAGGAUAACUCUGUAUGGGACUCGAUCAAGCGGUUAAAAAUUAGAAUUAAGCACAUUCCAGGGGACCUGAAUUUUGAUGCAGAUUUUCUAGCCAAAAAAGGCUCGAGAUCCAUUAAGUUAAUUAGCUCUUGGGCUGUCAACUGA